GUCUAACGGGUCAGCUCUAGGAUGCUUCUCCAUCUUUCGUCGCCCCCGCCCCGCUCCGCCGACCCCCACAAGCAGUCCAAACUUCGAUCGGAUACUCCCUAAAAUCCUACUUCGACCGAGGAGCUCUGAGGAUUCCUACCGAGAUCGGCAGCGCGCAACCAGCAAGCCGCCUGAAUCAUGAGCGCUCAAGUAUCAUCCGUACACCCCUCCCUUUGUCCGCCUCGACACGGCCACCCACCCGACGACGGCGGCGCUCCCCCGCCGAGCUGGGUCCUCCUCGACCUGCACGCCUACGUCGCCGACCGCGAGAACGCCACCUCGGCCUACGGCGUGAUGAGCAACGGCGAGGCCAUCCGGGUCACCUUCUGCACCGCGCCGCCGCCGCUCGUCUCCUACAUCUGCGUCUGGUGCCCUAACCUGCUGCCAAGUGAGCUGGUCAUGGAGCCCACCGUCGAGGCUGCGGAGGAGGACCUCGUCCACUUCCGCGUCUCUACCAGAGCCCACAGCUGUCGCCGUGACCACUCCGUCUACAAGGCCCCCAGCGGCGGCAAGGGCCCCUCAUUGUCACGGCUCGAGAGGCCUGACCGCUACCUGAAUUAUCGCCGCACUACUAUCUGGCUGCACUCGAUCGCGGUAUCAGCCGGCCUGGGAAUUUCAACCUGGUGCUGUACAAUUCCAUGGACAUGAAAUGGUCCAGCAGCCCCAUUCCUCUAGAAAUGCUGCACGUCCAUGUGACCGCCAAGACGAUCACACUUGGCGAAGGUGGACUGCUGGGCUUUGUUGACCCCUGGAGGGGCAUCCUCGUCUGUGACAUACUUGGCCGCAAACCUGAGCACUACCUGCCUCUUCCCGAACAUCUCAUCAGACUCGACAAGCUCUUUGACGAGCCUUUGUUUUUAAGGGACAUUGCUUUUGUCAACGGUCGCCUCACCCUGGUUGAAAUGCACCGCAACACCUCUUAUCCUGACAGGAGCCUCAAUCGCCUGAGCUGGGAAGUUUCCACAUGGAGCAUAUCCAGUCCUUGGGAGGGACAGGAUGGUUGGCAAAUGGACUACAGGAUCAAUACUAGCAGUAUUGUGGUUGAUGAUGGUACUGCCAAUGUGGACUUGUUGAGUAAGCUACAGGACAAUGGAGCCACGCACGCCUCAGCCAGCCUUGGAUAGGCUUCGCUUUGGUCAUACCACGCUGAGCUUGAGCGAAAGUCACAUUGUUUACCUCAUGGGCAAGGUUGGCAUGUGGGACAAGAAGACAUUGGUGCUGUCUAUUGACAUGAGAAACCCAAGGCUACAGGGAGCUGCCACGUUUGAUGCAGAAAGAAUGAUGGGUUGUACGUAUACACAGUCCAGGAUCUCCAGAUUUUUCAACAUGGUUCCAGGAGAUUUCCUAUCUUUUGCCAGCAGAUGGCAAGCCCCUAGAUAAAUAUGAUAGUAAACUGAUAUAUGUUAACAUUUUUUCAAACCCCUUAUAUAUAUCUAGAUUUGAUGCUGCUUAGUGCUCGGUUUGGCAUGGAUGUGUGCACAUUCAGUUAUUUCUGCAUCAGCUCUUUCUCAUAACUUAGGGGUUGAUUUGCUGGGUGCAGGUCUAAAGGGAAGUCUGAAACGACCUGGAAAAUUCCAUAUGCGGUACCCUCGCAAGCAUCAGAAUGGGAUUGACAAUGGGCCAAUGCAACACUCAGGUGCUACUCAGAGGCAAGAGGACACAAUUGCUGAUGAUGGGGAUAUUAAUAUGGCGGUUGAUUAAUACAGGAAUUUCAGGAAGCGGCAUUGGUUUCAGAGUGCGAGACAACACAUGGAAUCUGUGUAUUCAUGUAUCCAUACUCAUCAUUUCCCCCCCUGCUUUAAUUUAUUCCCCGUGUUUUC